AUGAUCUAUGUAUACAAGCGAGACGGCCGCAAGGAGGUGGUCAAGUUCGACAAGGUCACAGCUCGUAUCUCCAAGCUCUGCUACGGCCUUGACCAGAACUAUGUCGACCCCAUCGAGAUCACCCGCAAGGUCAUCGACGGUAUCUACGAGGGCGUUACCACCGUAGAGCUCGACAACCUCGCUGCCGAAACCGCCGCUUACAAGACAACAACGCACCCCGACUACGCCGUCCUCGCUGCCCGCAUUGCCAUCAGCAACUUGCACAAGGAGACCAGCAAGAACUUCAGCCAGGUCGUACAGGACCUUUACGAGUACGUCAACCCCAAGAAUCGCAGACACAGUCCCAUGAUCUCUGAUGCCACCUACAAGGUCGUUAUGCAGCACAAGGACCAGCUCGACUCGGCCAUCAUCUACGAGCGCGACUUCCACUACAACUUCUUCGGUUUCAAGACCCUCGAGCGAUCCUACUUGCUCCGUAUCAACGGCAAGGUCGCUGAGCGUCCCCAGCACAUGAUCAUGCGUGUUGCUGUCGGUAUUCACGGCCAGGACAUUGAGAGUGCUAUUGAGACGUACAACCUCAUGUCGCAAAAGUACUUUACUCAUGCCUCGCCAACGCUCUUCAACGCCGGUACCCCCCACCCUCAGCUCUCGUCGUGUUUCCUUGUCACCAUGAAGGAUGACUCGAUCGACGGGAUCUACGACACCCUCAAGACCUGUGCCAUGAUCUCCAAGACCGCCGGUGGUAUCGGUCUCAACAUCCAUUGCAUUCGUGGUACCGGCUCUUACAUUGCCGGUACCAACGGUGUCAGCAACGGUAUCGUGCCCAUGCUCCGUGUCUUCAACAACACUGCUCGUUACGUCGACCAAGGUGGUAACAAGCGUCCUGGUGCCUUUGCUAUCUACAUUGAGCCUUGGCACUCGGAUGUCUUUGAGUUCCUCGACUUGCGCAAGAACCACGGUAAGGAGGAAGUUCGUGCCCGUGAGCUCUUCUACGCUCUUUGGGUCCCCGAUCUCUUCAUGAAGAGGGUCGAGCAGAAUGGCGAUUGGUCGCUCAUGUGCCCCAACGAGUGCCCCGGCCUUGCCGACUGCUACGGUGACGAGUUUGAGCGUCUCUACGAGCGCUACGAGGCUGAGGGACGCUGUAAGCGAACCGUCAAGGCCCAGAAGCUCUGGUACGCCAUCCUCGAGUCUCAGACCGAGACCGGUAAUCCUUUCAUCCUCUACAAGGACGCUGCUAACCGCAAGUCCAACCAGAAGAACCUCGGUACCAUCAAGUGCUCCAACCUCUGCACCGAAAUCAUCGAGUACUCUGCCCCCGAUGAGGUCGCUGUCUGCAACUUGGCCUCCAUCGCCCUCCCCACCUUCAUCGACCCUGUUACCAAGGUCUACGAUUUUAAGCGUCUGCAUGAGGUCGCCAAAGCCAUCUGCAAGAACUUGAACAAGAUCAUCGACAUCAACUAUUACCCCGUUGAAGAAGCUCGUCGAUCCAACAUGCGUCACCGUCCCAUCGGUAUCGGUGUUCAGGGUCUCGCCGAUGCAUUCAUGAUCAUGGGGUAUGCCUUCGAGUCCCCUGAGGCGCGUCGUUUGAACGUGCAGAUCUUCGAGACCAUCUACCACGCCGCUCUCGAGCGAUCGUGCGAGUUGGCUCAGGAGCACGGCACCUACGAGACAUACCAAGGUUCGCCCGCUUCCCAGGGAGAACUUCAGUACGACAUGUGGGGUGUCACUCCCUCCGACCUCUGGGACUGGGCUUCGCUCAAGGCUAACAUCGCCAAGCACGGUCUUCGUAACUCACUUUUGUUGGCACCCAUGCCCACUGCUUCGACCAGUCAGAUCUUGGGCUUCAACGAGUGCUUCGAGCCCUACACUUCCAACAUCUACUCUCGUCGUGUACUUGCUGGUGAAUUCCAGGUCGUCAACCCCUGGUUGCUCCGCGAGUUGGUCGAACAGGGACUUUGGAACGACACAAUGAAGAACCGAAUCAUCGCUCACGGUGGCUCCAUCCAAAACGUCCCCGGUAUCCCCGACCGUAUCAAGAAGCUCUACAAGACUGUCUGGGAGAUCUCGCAGAAGGCCAUCAUCGACAUGGCCGCCGAUCGAGGUGCUUUCAUUUGCCAGUCGCAGUCGCUCAAUAUCCACCUGUCCGCUCCUACGUUCGGUCAGCUCACUUCGAUGCACUUUUACGGCUGGAAGAAGGGUCUCAAGACGGGUACCUACUACCUCCGUACCAAGCCAGCAUCCAACGCUGUUCAAUUCACACUCUCCGUUGCUGAGGUCAACGAGGCAAAGGCAGCAGCCAACAAGCGGUCCCCCACACCCUCCAAGAAGAUUGAGGACGCUACCCCUGCUCCCACCUCUCCUGCUCCGGCUUCUGCUGCUAUUAUCCCUUCCCAGUCCUCCAUUGAGAGUCUCACCUCAGGUGUUGGUCAGCUCGGCAUUGACGGCACAGUCACCAAAGACGGACCUGGAUCUGACGAGCUCAAGCGCAUCGCUGAUGCCCAAGCCGCCGCCGAGACCGAGGCCGCCAAGACUGCACAGCUCGAGGAGGCUGCAGAGGGUAACGAGGUAGAUCCUGGUUUCGCUGCGGCACUGGAGAGGCAAAGGCUGCGUCAGCUGGAAGCUGAUCAGUUGGUAUGUUCGAUCGCUAACAAAGAUGCGUGUUUGAUGUGUUCUGGUUAA